CGAGCUCGCACUUCGUUCCGUUCGCUUGUACCGUUCGCUUCGCAGCGGCGAAAACUCCGUACUUUCGAUACUUGGUAUCUCUCAGAUACUUUUUCAAACUCCAAAGACGAACAUUUGUAUAAUCGCAGAAAACUCUCACACAAAAAAAAAAUAUAAACAAAACCGAAUUAAAUGCAAAUACAGUUUACUUUUUUUUUUUGGUGCAUCGCAAGCCAAAAAUAAAUAAAUUUUGGUGUGGAUUACCAGUGGAUAAAGUGAGUGCUAAAAAUGGAUUAAACCAAGGGUUCACAUUAAUAAAUAAUAAUAAAAAACAAAAGCCCACACAAAACCAAACAAGCUGCAAAUUGUCACACAACGAUUAUGGAUUAGUGACUGUGAGAUUGUUGAGAAUCAUAUUUCGAAAACAUAAAUACAAUUUAUAGGACUAAGGAGACCGAGUUAAAAAUAUAUAAAUAAAGUAUCUCAAGGCCCAAAGAAAAGACAAGAAAAGCGAGAAAGUGAAAGUCGAGACUUGAGUUCUUCUCCCAUUGUAAAGGAGUUGAAGCACCAUGUUGCACAUGAUGCAGCUGCUCUUGCUGGCCAUGGUUGUGGGAAUGGUCAGGACGUCGCCUUACACUAGCUACCAGAACCAGCGCUUCGCAAUGGAACCGCAAGAUCAAACAGCAGUGGUUGGGGCGAGAGUCACAUUGCCCUGUCGGGUGAUCAAUAAACAAGGAACCCUUCAAUGGACCAAGGAUGAUUUCGGACUUGGCACAUCCCGAGAUCUGAGUGGAUUCGAAAGAUAUGCGAUGGUGGGCAGUGAUGAGGAGGGUGACUACUCGUUAGACAUUUACCCAGUGAUGCUCGACGAUGAUGCACGGUAUCAGUGUCAAGUUAGUCCCGGUCCGGAAGCCCAGCCGGCUAUAAGGUCUACAUUCGCCGGACUAACAGUUCUUGUGCCUCCCGAAGCGCCAAAGAUCACGCAAGGCGACGUUAUCUAUGCCACCGAGGAUCGCAAGGUGGAGAUCGAAUGCGUUUCGAUUGGUGGAAAGCCAGCUGCUGAGAUUACCUGGAUUGAUGGCCUGGGCAAUGUCCUAACGGAUAACAUUGAGUACACGGUGAUAACGCUGCCCGAUCAGCGGCGUUUUACGGCCAAGUCCGUCCUGCGGCUAACCCCGAAAAAGGAGCACCAUAACACGAACUUCAGCUGCCAAGCGCAGAAUACAGCGGACCGCACCUAUCGCACGGCGAAAAUACGUGUUGAGGUGAAAUAUGCGCCCAAGGUGAAGGUGAAUGUGAUAGGAUCUCUGCCGGGUGGUGCAAAUGGUGGAUUGGUUGGUGGCGGAGGUGGUGCUGUUCAUUUGGGCACCGGUUCCCGGAUUGUGGAGCACUCGCAGGUGCGACUGGAGUGCCGGGCAGAUGCGAAUCCCAGCGAUGUCCGGUACCGCUGGUUCAUCAACGACGAACCGAUCAUUGGCGGUCAGAAGACAGAGAUGGUAAUACGCAAUGUGACGCGCAAGUUCCACGACGCGAUUGUCAAGUGCGAGGUGCAGAAUUCAGUCGGCAAGAGCGAGGACAGUGAAACCCUUGAUAUAAGCUAUGCCCCCAGUUUCCGUCAGCGUCCUCAAUCAAUGGAGGCGGAUGUAGGCAGUGUUGUAUCCCUGACCUGCGAGGUGGACAGCAAUCCCCAGCCAGAGAUCGUGUGGAUUCAACAUCCCAGCGAUCGAGUGGUUGGUACCAGCACAAAUCUUACAUUUAGUGUGAGCAAUGAGACAGCUGGCAGGUAUUACUGCAAGGCCAAUGUUCCCGGAUAUGCCGAGAUAUCAGCGGAUGCAUAUGUUUAUCUAAAGGGUUCACCGUCAAUCAGUUCCCAGAGGACUCAAUACGGAUUGGUGGGCGAUACGGCCAGAAUUGAGUGUUUUGCCAGCAGUGUUCCACGUGCUCGUCACGUCUCGUGGACCUUUAAUGGUCAGGAGAUUAGCUCGGAAUCGGGACACGACUAUUCAAUUCUGGUUGAUGCAGUUCCCGGUGGCGUCAAAAGUACACUGAUCAUCAGGGAUAGCCAGGCCUAUCACUAUGGCAAAUACAACUGCACGGUGGUCAAUGACUAUGGCAACGAUGUCGCCGAGAUUCAGCUGCAAGCUAAAAAGAGCGUUUCAUUGCUGAUGACAAUUGUGGGUGGCAUUUCGGUGGUUGCAUUCCUGCUGGUGCUGACCAUCCUUGUAGUGGUCUACAUCAAGUGCAAGAAGCGUACAAAGCUGCCGCCUGCGGAUGUGAUUAGCGAGCAUCAGAUCACGAAAAAUGGUGGAGUUAGCUGCAAACUGGAGCCCGGCGAUCGGACCUCGAACUAUAGCGAUCUUAAGGUGGACAUAUCGGGUGGCUAUGUACCAUACGGCGAUUAUAGUACACACUAUAGUCCGCCCCCUCAAUAUCUGACCACCUGUUCCACGAAAUCCAAUGGCAGUUCAACCAUACUACAGAACAACCACCAAAACCAAUUGCAAUUGCAGCAGCAGCAGCAGAGUCAUCAGAGCCACCACCAGCACCACCAUCAAGGCUCCAAUCCACAAACGACAACUCUGCCGAUGACCUUUCUGACCAACAGCAGUGGCGGCAGCUUGACUGGCAGUAUUAUUGGAUCACGUGAGAUUCGCCAGGACAAUGGACUGCCUAGUCUCCAGUCGACCACCGCCUCGGUGGUUAGCUCAUCGCCAAAUGGCAGCUGCAGCAACCAGAGCACUACAGCGGCCACCACAACCACCACUCAUGUGGUGGUGCCCAGUUCGAUGGCCCUGAGUGUGGAUCCUCGCUAUAGCGCCAUCUAUGGCAAUCCCUAUCUAAGGUCCUCCAACUCAUCGCUGCUGCCUCCACCCACUGCCGUCUAAGGUGGAUCAGCAGCAGCAGCAGCAGCAGCAGCAGCAC